GGUGGUGGCAGCCCUAAAGCCAGAAGGAAGCGCUGCUGACUUUGAUAUAUUCCGCGACAAGUUACAAGGGAGCGGGUUUGGUAGCCUGCUUGGUCGUUAAAACAAACGGAGCGAAGAAGAAAAGGGACGUGGCGGGUGGAGUCUUGGCUGGUCACCCAGCGAGGAGGAGAGGCAGAUUGUCACUCUGGGGUAGAUGAGCGAUGUUACAGGACAGCAGAUGUAGCAACGGGCACUUGAAUUUCCUCGCUAGCUGCUGGGAUAUAAACCCUGCCAAAUGUGGCCCCUCCAUGAAAUUCGUGACUUGGCUUGCCCUGAUAACGCUUUUCUAGAGAAAGUGGGGGCGGGGGGGGGACUAGAGGUUUGGCCUGCUCUGACAUUCUCUACCUUACUGACAAACUGAAAGUUAGUAAAUCACUAGGCCUUGAUGGUGUCAAUGCCAGAGAUCUUCAUGCAAAUAAGAAGUGGAUGCCCUCCUUACAAAAAAUAUGUCCUUAAUAUCAGCUUUUGUAUAAAUUAUACAGCUUUUGUAUAGCCAAUUUAUUUGUUUAGGAUUAGUAGGUUGUAAUGUUUGUAAACCACCCAGAGAACCCUCUGGGCUACUAGGGUGAUAUAUAAAUGCAAAUAAUAAAUAAAUAAUAAAUUUUGUACCAGAGGAAUGAGAAUGGCCAAGGGAAUACCAGUUUUUGAAAAGGGACCCAGGGCUGGGGUCCAGGAAACUACAAGUGAGUUAGUUUAACAUCUGCUUCAUUAAAAUUGGUUGAAGCUAUAUGCUUAUAUUUAUAAGCAUAGACAAGCCCUACUGAAAAACAGCAUUCAGUAAAAGUAAAUCAUGCCUCAUUGGCAUUUAAAGUUCUUUGAGAUUGUCAGUAAACAUAUGGACUUGUGUAUCCAAUAGGUAUUGUUCACUUGGAUUUCCAAGAGGUUUUUGACAAAAGGGUGGCCCACUUGCAGAUCAAUAACUGGUUACAGUACAAAAAGUGAAAAGUAGGAAUAGUGAUUUCUCACAAUGGAGGAAUUUAAAUGAUGGGGUCCCAUAGGGAUCUGUACUAGGACCGGUGCUUUUCAAUUUAUCUAAAAAUUAUGUAGAAUUCGGAGUAAGCAGUGAAGUGGCCAAGUUUGCUGAUGACGUCAAACUAUUUAGGCUGGUUAAAACCAAAAGAGAUUGUGAGGACUUCCAAAGUAAUCUCCCAGCUGGGAGAAUGGGUAUCAAAAUUGUAAAUGUGAUUGAAUGUAAGCAAGUGCCAAAUGAUGCAAGAAAGUCUUUCGCAGAAUUUUCCUUGGAACCAAACUACAGUAUUAUUGUUCAUGGAAAUCGCUGAUCGGCCGCUGCCCUGUGACGCAUCUCCAGUGUUCACUGAGUGUUCUCCAUUUUGUUUUUGAAGCCCUAAGAUGCUGCCCAAAUGCCCUGCACCUUCUAAGGCUUCUGGCAAUGAGCCUAAGCGCCAGAAGAAGUUUAAAACACUCCAGGAGAAAGUCAAGCUACUGGAUUUGCUCCAGGAACUAAAAAUGCCACAGUAGUGCUCCAUUGUGGGGUCAAUGAAACCACCGUACACUACAUAAAGAAGAACGAGGCAGCGAUCAGGAGUACCGUAUCAGAAGAAGAACAUCCCCUUGGGCAGUAACAUCAUCCGCGAGAAAGCAUGUAAAUUAUACCAGUAGUUCGCUACAGGAGACGAUGCAGAAGGUACUGAAGAACUGCAAUCAGGACCAUCAACAGCACCGAAGCCUGAACAUUUUCAAGCCAGUAAGGAAUGGUUCGAUCGUUUUCAGAAACAAUGCAAUAUUAGCAGUUUCUCUACAUGCAGAGGCAGCAUCUGCCAACAAAGAUGCUGCAGAGAAGUACCCUGAGACCUUCAGGCACAUCAUAGAGGAGAAGGGAAACAAGCACAAACAAGUUUUCAACAUGGAUGAGACUGGCUUGUUCCGGAAGAAGAUGCCGUCCAGAACUUACUUCAUGAAGGACAAAGCCAAAGCUCCAGGGUUUAAGGCACAGAAGGACAGAGUGAUGCUCAUUAUAUGUGGCAAUGCUGCUGGUUCCAUGAUGAAACCAGGCCUCAUCUAUAAAUCAGCGAGCCCUGCGGCCCUCAAAAACAAAAAUAGAAACCUGUUGCCUGUCUACUGGAUGCACAACCCUAAGGCCUGGAUUACCAAAAUCCUAACUUCAAACUGUUUUCAUCAGUGCUUCAUCCCUCAAGCCAAGGAAUGCCUCCACGACUUAGGCAUGGAUUGCUCGUUAUGGAUAAUGCUGGUGGCCACCCUUUGGAUUUGUAUUACGAGGGAGUCCAGAUUGAGUUCCUCCCUGCCAACAUCACCUCCCUCAUCCAACCUACGGACCAAGGCUUGGAUCCGUGCCUUCAAGGCUCUUUAUACCUGGAAUUCUCUCCAGCACCUUGUGGGUGCAAUGGACAUGGAUGAGAAUUUUACAUUAAAGAGUUACUGGCGUAACUUUACGAUCACAACAUGCCUGUCAGUCAUCUAAGCUGCUUUUAAGGAGAUGAACAAGGAAACCCUCAACGCAUGCUGGAAGAAGCUGUGGCCAGAGUGUGUCCAUGAGUACAAGGGCUUCUCACCUGAAGAAAUUCAGCAUGAGGCUGUCGAUAAGGCCGUGAGACUGGCAAAGAUACUUGGUGGCAAAGGUUUUGACAACAUCACUCAAGAUGAGGUCAAUAACCUCAUUGAUGCCCACUCUGAAUGCCUGACGGAUGAGGAUUUGUUGGAGUUAACGAAGUCUGCCAUGGAAGAGGAGGAGAAAGUGAAGGAUCCAGAGCAAGAGGAGGAGAAGCAGGACCUGACAUUGGAACAUCUGUCCCAGAUUGUUAGGACAGUGAAGGAGUUGCAAGGGAUGAUUGAAGCAUGGGAUCCCCAUAUGGGUUGGGCUCUCAAAAGUUAAUGAUGGCAUCGAUGCUGCCAUUCAGAUAUAUAAAACCCUCCUUGCCACCAUGAAGAAACAAUGACAGCAACUUCCCAUUACAAUGUUCCUCAACAAAAGCCAGCACUAAACCCCACUGGAAGAAGACCCGGAAGAAGAUAUGACUCCUGAAGUGCCUGAAGAAGAGGCGCCACCCAAGGAACUGUAAAUCCUGUUUUGCUGCCUUUGUACUUUGUCCUGGUCGAACGGAUGAUCAAACCACCAUCUCCCAGGGCCAGUUAGCACAGCAGAAUGGCUCAGCCUAGCUGGAAGAUGGUGCUCUGGGCAAUUGGUGCUGCUAGCUUUAUCAUUAUUGAAAGCAAAGCCGCAGAAGGUGUCCUUCCAGAGGUAGCCACCAGAUAUGGGAGUCUGCGGGGGAAGCGAGCACGUGUGAAAGGCACAGAGAAACUGGCCGAUGUCUUCCUGGGGGUGCCCUUUGCCAGGCCUCCAACAGGGUCCUUGAGAUUCUCCCCACCGCAGCCCCCUCAGCCAUGGGAUGGUGUAAAAGAUGCGACAGCUCACCCCACAGUAUGCCCCCAGGACCUGAGCACACUCAAGGGAAUUCAGAAAAGGUGGAAAGAGACCCACCCACCCUUGCACAGUUCCGAGGACUGUUUGUAUUUGAACAUUUAUAGACCAGCAAAUUCAUCCCACGCCUCCAAGUUCCCGGUGAUGGUCUGGAUUCAUGGAGGGGAAUUCAUAUUUGGGGCAGCAUCCAGGUUUGAUGGCUCAGCGCUAGCUGCCUACGAAGAUGUGGUGGUAGUCAUCAUUCAGUACCGUCUGGGCAUUUUGGGGUUCUUUAGCACAGGGGAUGAGAAUGCCAGAGGGAACUGGGCUGCCUUGGAUCACCUGGCAGCUUUCCGGUGGAUCCGAGACAACAUCAAGCCCUUUGGGGGUGAUCCAGAGUCGGUGACUCUUUUUGGUGUCUCUGCAGGUUCCUUCCUUGUUUCGGCCCAUAUUCUCUCUCCCUUGUCAAAGGGCUUGUUCCACAGGGCCAUUCUGGAGAGUGGCACCUCCUUGUUUCCAUUGGCCUUCAAGUCCAAACCUCGUCUGUAUGAGGAAAUGCAGAAGCUUGCCCAGGCGUUGGCCUGCGAGGCUUCCAGUUCCGCUGCCGUGGUUCAGUGCCUCCGACAGAAGAGUGAGAGGGAGCUGAUUGCCAGCCAGAGGGCGAUUCAGAACUUUGGAUUAGUUGUGGACGGAGUGUUUCUGCCCAAGACCUCUGAAGACCUUCUGGCAGGAAAAGAGCUCAAUGCUGUGCCCCUCAUAGUCGGAGUCACCAAUAAUGAAUUUGGCUGGAAUAUACGCAGAACAUCACAGCUGGAAGGCUUGAAGGAGCCGGGAGACCGAAACACCAUGUUCGCCACGCUGAGAGCACUCGGCUCGCCUUUGGGUGUUCCCGAGGAGGUCCUGCCCAUGCUGCUCGAUGAGUACCUGGGAGACACCAGUGACCCUGAUAAACUGAGGGAUGGCUUCCUGGACCUGCUGGGAGAUGCAGCCUUUGUUGUUCCCGCCAUCCGAACCCUAAAUUAUCUCAAAGAGGCGGGUGCGCCUGUUUAUUUCUUUGAAUAUCAACAUCGACCUAGUUUGUACCAUGACACCAAACCGGAUUAUGUGAAAGCAGAUCAUGCAGAUGAAGUCGGCUUUGUCUUUGGAGGGCCGUUCCUCACUGGUGACACACGCCUGCGUGAUGAAGCCACCGAAGACGAGCGGCUCUUGAGCAGGACCAUGAUGAAGUACUGGGCUAACUUUGCGCGCACUGGAAACCCGAACAGGGACGGCUUGGUGGAAUGGCCAGCAUAUAAUAAUGCAGAGCAGUAUCUAGAGCUAAAUCUGAAGCAGAAGGCAUCAAGGAAGCUGAAAGAAGAAAAAGUGGAAUUUUGGAUGAAGCGCUUGCCUGAAAAGAUUAAGGAGCUGAGAGGAAGACACACUGAGCUGUAAUUCACCCCGCACCCCGUUGCCCAUUUUCCUAGUAUUCCCUUAACUGAGAGAAGCAGCACCUCUUGGCUUUCAGAUCACUGAGGAAGGCCCUGUCGCAGAGCUUGGUCAAAGGGUGCCAGCACACCGAGGGGCUGCUCAAGUUCCGCAAAACCACAAACGAUCCUCCUCCCUGCUGUCCCGCAGUCACGUGUUCGUGGGGCAAUUCACUGAUCUUGAGAAUUUCCUGCAUGCCUCCAUCCUCCCUGCAGAUGGUGCCAUGCGUCCCCUCACCCCCUGUGCCCGCCUGCCCCAUCUGCCUCUCAAAAGGGGCCAAAGGUAAGGGUCCCCAACCCAUCAUCCCCAUUCCUGAAAUUUAACCCUGAACCCCAACCCUAAGCUUCUAAUAAAUGCAUUCUAAAAUAA